AUGGCUUCCCCGAGCAGCCCUCCGAACGCUCGAGCUCUCGGCGAGGGCACCGACACAGCUGCAGAUAUCGGGUUUCGCGAAGAAGAUGAAAACAAUAUUACGGAAGAAAUCUAUGACUCUUCGUCCGCAAAAGCGCCCGGCACCUCCGCGCAGAGCUUCACGCCGCGUUCGCUGGCUGUCGGCCUCAUCAUCGGAACCUUGAUCAUCUUCUCGAACACAUACUUUGGUCUGCAGACUGGCUGGAUGAGUCUCAUGACUAUGCCGUCUUCGCUGAUUGGGUUUGCCGUCUUUAAGAGCCUUUCCAAACACCUCUCUUUCCCCUUCACCCCAGUCGAGAACGUUCUCAUUCAGACAGUUGCCGGCGCUGUUGGCACGAUGCCUCUAGGGUGCGGUUUUGUGGGCGUGAUACCGGCAUUAGAGUUUCUUUUGAGGGACGGUCCAGAUGGAAAAUCAGGAGAUGGAGGGACAGGCGAGGGCGGUCCGCUCAAUGUGGGUUUCUGGAAAUUGGUAAUAUGGAGUCUCGGGGUGUGUUUGUUUGGGGCAAUAUUCGCUGUGCCGUUGCGCAAGGAAGUCAUUAUACGCGAGAAAUUAAGAUUUCCAAGCGGUACUGCAACGGCAUUGAUGAUCAAGAUGCUGCAUGGGGGCUCUAACGACGAAAAAGCCCAAGAUGGUCAGAAAGUAACGAGCCGAAAUACCACAAACCCAGACAAUUCAGACACUCGUAUUUCUUCAGAAUUGGAAUCCAUGGCAAAUCCCAAGGAUGACACACGGAAGAGUUGGAAAUCAAAGAUUCGCCUACUUAUUGGUGCCUUUGCGGUUUCCGCACUUUAUACAAUAUUUUCUUACUUCAUUCCUCAGGUCAGGGAUCUUCCUAUCUUCGGACUUACUCUUGCUCAAGACUGGCUCUGGACUUUGAACCCCUCUCCUGCAUAUGUCGGCCAGGGAAUCAUCAUGGGCCCUGCAACUUCGAUGCAUAUGCUUUUUGGCGCAGUAUUAGGAUGGGCAAUUCUGUCUCCUCUCGCCAAGCACAAAGGAUGGGCACCAGGUCCCGUUGGCGACUGGGAAGUUGGAAGCAAAGGCUGGAUUAUCUGGGUAUCGCUGGCUAUCAUGCUUGCUGAUUCCAUUAUAAACCUGGGCUGGCUCAUUGUCCGUACCGCAUAUGAGUCUUAUCCACGCCUGGCAUCGAAACUAAAAUCAAUACGACGGAAUGGAUCUCAAAGACCUGGCACACCUCUUCAUUCCGAUGUUAGAUAUUCCACACUCGGCCUACACUCUGACACGGCGGCCAUUCAUGAGGAGGAAGGCGACUUGAAUGAUGCGCCACCGUCUGAACUAAUCUCAAACCGCACUGUUGCGGUUCUCCUUCCACUCGCCCUAGUUUUGAACGUGGUGUGCAUGCACAUAGCAUUUGGGGACAUUAUCACUCCAUUCCUAUCCACCCUUGCUACUUUGCUAGCGGUUCUCCUCUCGAUAAUGGGCGUUCGAGCCCUCGGCGAAACAGACCUGAAUCCUGUAUCGGGCAUCAGUAAACUCACCCAACUGAUAUUUUCCCUUGCCACUCCCUCAUCAAUGCACACUCGUCGAUCGGCCAUUGUUACCAACCUUCUCGCCGGCGCCGUAUCAGAGGCCGGUGCGCUUCAAGCAGGCGACAUGAUGCAAGAUCUCAAAACUGGCCAUCUCGUUGGUGCAAGCCCCAAAGCUCAGUUCUACGGUCAAGUAAUCGGCAGUCUCUUUGGUGCAGUCGUUUCCACAGCCGUAUACAAGAUGUAUGCUAGCGUAUACCCAGUUCCAGGCGACCAGUUCCAGAUACCCACAGCUUUUGUCUGGAUCUUCACCGCGAGACUGGUCACGGGCCAGGGUCUUCCGCCAAUGGCGUGGCAAGCAGCAGUCAUCUUUGGGGCUAUAUUCGUGGCGACGACGGCCCUGAAAAUCAUGAGUACUUAUAGGAAACCUUUUGGUUAUUCCCCAUCUCCAUGGGUUUCUUUCGUACCCGGCGGCAUUGCCGUCGCUGUGGGGAUGUUCAACGUCCCUUCCUUUACCCUGGCACGUGCUAUUGGAGGAGUGAUAGCUUGGUGGUGGGCUCGACGAAGCCGAAACGCAUACGAGAACACUGCUGUGUCAGUUGUUGAUCUAAACCAAACAUCUACCGCGGUAGAACAACCACCAUCCACAGACGAGGCAGAAGAAGAAGAAGAAGAAGAUAACGAGCGCCAAGGAGCAGAAGAUCACCCACUUAUUAUCCAACAGCAACAGCCACCCCUCCCAUCAGCAGCCGAAGUAGAAGACGAGUCGUCCUCUACCGUCGUCGUGCUAGCAUCCGGACUGAUUCUCGGAGAAGGAGUAUUGAGCAUUCUCAACCUGAUUCUGGCUAGCAUGGGUGUUCCACAUUUAUGA